AUGAAUGGUGGAAUGUCCAGCCUCAUCUGCACUGUCAUCACUUUCCCCAUGUACAAAACUGUGUUUCGCCAGCAGUUGCACAGCACACUGAUCCAUGAGGCUGUGCUGCAGUUAUAUGAGGAAGGGCUGCUGAAACUUUACCGUGGAGUAGUGCCACCUUUGCUAAUGAAGACUCUUCAGGGAACCAUCCUCUUUGGCCUCCAGAACACCCUCUUACAGCAGCUAUCCCCUUGGGCUGGAUCAUAUUUUCCCAGGGCAAUGCUUCCUGCCCUGGCUGGGCUUGGGACAGGGAUAGUGGAGGGUUUAUUUUUUACCCCCUUUGAGCGUGUACAGAGUAUCCUACAAAACAGUGGCAAUGACCAUAGCCUUCCCACUCUCAGCAAAAUUGUGGGCAGGAUGAGGUCCGAAACUUUAGUUAAUGGGUGGUACCGAGCUUUUUUCCCCACUCUUACUCGCAACGCAUUAGGGAGCAGUCUUUACUUUGGCCUGAAGGAUCCAUUGUCCAGAUUAUUACGCGAGCAAGAUUGUCCCCCCAUAGCCUCAUCUUUUGUGUCAGGGAUGGUGAGCUCCAUUAUGAUCAGCUUGCCUUUGUAUCCACUUUCAGUGUUGGUAGCUAACAUGCAGGCCCAGGUCGGUGGAGACAACCUGGGGGUGAGGGCCAGCUGGCAUCAGCUGUGGCAGAAACGACAGCAAAGUCUGGUAUUGCUGUAUCGUGGAGGAUCGUUAGUAAUCCUGCGCUCUUGCAUCUCCUGGGGCAUCACCACUGCCAUAUACGACCAACUGAUGAAACGCUCAACCUGA